AUGAGGCAGCCACUGGACCCCAGGUAAUUCACAAUUUUUUUUAACAGUUUGUGUGUGUGUGUGUGUGUGUGUAUGUGAUAGAGAAUGUCUGUAUCAGUAUAUCUGUCUGUAUGUGUGUGUAUCUGUAUGUGUGGGUGUGUUUGUAUGUAUGUAGGUUCAGUCCUUGGUCCCCUACUGUUCUCCAUCUAUACUGCCUCCCAUGGUAAACUCAUUAGCUCCUUUAGCUCCCAAUAUCAUUUCUAUGCAGAUUACACGCAAAUCUACCUGUCCUCUCCUGAUCUCUCCCCGUCCCUCUUGACUAGUGUUUCUGACUGCCUCUCUGCUGUUUCUAACUGGAUGGCUGCCCACUUCCUUAAACUAAACUUGACCAAAACUGAAAUUCUGGUCUUUCCUCCCUCAAGUGUUGUUACUCAUGUGUCUGUCUCCCUCCAAGUCAACGGUGCUACCAUCAGCUCCACCACGCAGGCUCGCUGCCUAGGUGUUCUCUUUGACUCCGACCUCUCCUUCAAGCCUCAUGUUCAAUCUAUCGCCAAAUCCUGUCAUUUCCAUCUGCCCCUACUUAACGCCACAUGCGACUAAGGUGUUGGUCCAUUCCACUGUCCUUUCUCGCCUUGACUAAUGUAAUCCGCUUCUCAGUGGUCUUACGUGCUCCCAACUUGCACCGUAAAAUCCAUAAUGAAUGCGGCAGCGAGGCUCAUCUUCCUGUCCGCCCGCACCUCCCAUGCCUCACCCUUCUGUCAGUCCCUAUAUUGGCUUCCUAUAAAAUAUAGAGCUCAAUUUAAAAUUCUGGUUCUUGCUUUCAAAUCUCUACAUAAUGCUGCUCCCACCUAUCUAUCCUCCCUUAUACACAAGUAUGUCUCGUUUAGGCCCUUACUAUCUGCUGAAGACUUACGUCUAUCUUGUGUCCGUACUCCCACCUCUGAUGCUCGCCUUCAAGAUUUCUCGAGGGCUGCACCGUUCCUGUGGAACUUGCUUCCCUCCUCUGUUAGAUGCUCACCCAGUCUCCACUCCUUCAAAAAAAUCGUUAAAAACCCACUUCUUCAUAAAAGCGUAUCAAUUAAACUGUUAAUAGCUCCUGACUGAUUCCUCUUCUGCAUCUGUCACUAGUCUAAUACUAUCCUUACUUUUUUGUGUAAUUUUACCCCACUCCCUCUAGCAUGUAAGCUCAUUGAGCAGGGCCCUCAACCCCUCUGUUCCUGUGUGUCCAACUUGUCUGGUUACAACUGCAUGUCUGUUCAUACACCCAUUGUAAAGCGCUGCGGAAUUUGACGGCGCUCUAUAAAUAUAAUAAUAAUAAUAUGUGUGGGUGUAUGUAAGUGUGUCUGUAUGUAUGUGUGGGUGUAUGUAAGUGUGUCUGUAUGUAUGGGUCUCUGUGUCUAUGUGUUUGUAUGUAUGUGUGUCUAUGUGUGUGUCUGCGUAUGUACAUGUGUGGGGAGGGCGGGGACGUAUGGGGUGAGAGGUAGAUGUAUGGGGGGGGAGGGUGCGCAGGGAAAUUUUUGCAAUGGGGCCCCGUGGUUUGUAGUUAUGCCUCUGGUGACUGGCUUUCAUUAAAACGUGCAUGCCGCAGGCAGGCAGGGUCUGAAAUGCUGCCCGAGGGAAGAAGCAGCAUUGUCUAGGACUUACGACAGUCUGCAGGUUGCCCCCCUUGGCCGAAGAUGGAUUAAUUUUUACUAUUGCGCAGUUGGUGCCCUAGCCCCAUUUACUGUGUCCUAUCGUGGCUUCUGUUUGAGUACCUGUUCUAUUGGAUUUCAAGCACCUCUGUAACCCUGACCAGGUUAGAUUGCUUCCUGAUUUUUUGUUAUCCUGACUUGGUUAAUACAAACACAUGUAUUCCUAAUUCCAUUGUGCCCUAGUCCCCAUUUUAGUGGUCAGACCCCUGCUGCCAUGUUUCAAAAAUAUAGUUUACAUACAUUAUCUCCCUUGCAGCACUGGCCGCUGCGAUAAUCAAAAUCAAUUAACUUAGCCGAUACAAUGCUUUACCAAAUGAAAGCUUUAGGAGGCUAGUGCGCAUGCAUGACAAUACGCUGUACUGCUCAAAGCAUUUGGUUAUUUUGAGUCCUUCUGAUAGAAAUAGUGGGGUCGUAAUACAAUAUUUCGAGGAAGUGUCUCUGUUGGUUGUCUGUAACACAGUCAGUAAAUGCAGGUUAACCCUGCCAUGAAAACAUUGCUGUUCCUGCAGAAUGGCAAUGUUUUGCGAUGCAGGGUUAAAACAGUGCCCAUAGUGUUCCCCAGGCUCCAACGCCUUUUGUCACAUAUUCCUACAACACUCACCAGCCCAUCACGCCCUCAUCUCCAUUUUUACAUUGCUCCCUAGCCCUCAGCGGAGUCAUUGACUAGGCGCCAAAACCGCAAAGGAGAUCUUAAAGUGUCUGCAUCCAAACCACAACACCUUCCCACCAAACCACUGGCACCACACAGGACCACCAAGGAUUAUACCUCAUUAUAACAAGAGCUGCUAAGAAGGAGAGGGCAAAUGAAAAACACUCAACUGAUCCACAUACACACACACUGCCACUAACACACAGCCCCAGGCAGAGAAUAGAGACCUGGUCCAGAUAGCAUCAAGCCUAGAAACAUCAUUUAUUUAUUUAUAUAUAUAUAUUUCGCACGCCCCAGCCCGUGUUGUGUUAGAAAAAAAAAAAUACAUAUCUCCGAAACUACGCCACAAAUCACCAUAGUAACUAUAACCCGCGCAGUUUUUUGAUUGGCCAGAUUAUUAGGCGGAAUAUGGCGCCUUGAAGCACAUUACUGUAGCAGCGACCCGCCUCCACCCCCUGCGUCACAGCUUGUGUAACUUCCAUUGGUCAGAUCAGCGGUCGGCGCUGACGGAUCCUGUAUUCUGAUUGGACUUGUGGAAAACGGAAGGCGGCUUCUAAUGCGAUCAGUAACAAUAGAACAAAGUGCAACGUCUGAUUGGCUGUACCGCACGCUAAUCACAUGACGUGCGUCCCAUCUAUCCAAUAAGCGUUCGAAUCUCUCAUUACGUAGGUUCCCCAAGACAAGCUGCGCAGUGAGCGGAUAAGGUUGCAGCCAUUUUGUAGCAAAAGACGCAGACGGUUGUAGCUUUUGCAGUCUGCAGUCCAGUUUUUAUUACGAUUGUGUUUGUUCUCUGUGCUUUAAUCUUCUAAUUCCUUGUUUGACGUCCAGUUCGCCAGCUCACAACCGCAACCCCUGCUCUCAUCGGGAAGAAAGGAGGUGAGUAACCGGUAUGGCGUAACCUUAAUUACUGAGGGAAGCGCACAGUGCGGUGCGAGGCCUAUGUGAGACCUUCUAAGAGGCUGCGACGCAUCGUGUGAAUUAAUCGGAUUUGCAACACAAUGCUGUUCUGCCCGUACAGUGGUUAUCGUGUGGCUCUAACUCUCCCACACUGGCUGUAGCUGCUGAUAAUGUUUGUGAGCGGAUUAGUACUGGUGAAUGCACACGGUGUUUUGCAGACCCUGAAAGCAGCGGUAGCUGUGUGAGCUAGGCCUCUACUGAUAUCGCUGAGGGGGGAGGGGGGGGGCUGUUAUCAGUGAAUUUAUCAAGGUGUCGUGGGCCAGUUCGGUCCUCCAUGUGGCACAGCCAAUAUAGCUGGGUUAACACAUGUAGCCGGUGGUUUUCUGUUGUACCGUGUAAACCUACGUUACAGUGCUAGGAGAUGCCUAUUAAAAAGGGUUGAUGCUCAUUUCUAACGUGUCUAUUGGUUCCUCCUACCUGUAAGGUUUAUCCAAUAAUUUUUUUAUUUUAUAGUAUUGAUGCAUAUUUUGGAGCUAUAGCAAGCUGUAUUCUGGGUCAGCAUUGCUAAGCCCUUCAACUUCCCAUUUAUUUUAUUUUUUUCACUAUACACUGUUCAAAACUCAAAUCCACAAGAGCUGUGUACGUUGUAUUGUUGGUAAGCGUUGUCUAUAUUUGUUUUCAGGCCUAAACUGGUGGGUUUUUUUUUCCUCCACAUGGCUUUGAUUUCUUAUGCUAUUUUAUUUUUAAAGAGGAAACUAUAGUUGCCAAAACAACUUUGGCAUGCUUAAAUCAGUUUUGGUGUAUAGAUUGUGCCUCUGCCGUUAUACUGCUCAAUUCUCUGCUAUUUAGGUGUUAAAUCACUGUUUAUGCAGCUCUUGUCACACCUCCCCCUGCAUGUGACUUGCACAGUGUUCCUAAACACUUCCUGUAAAGUCCUCUAAUGGUUACACUUCCAAUAUUGCAAAUACUGUUUAAGAAUUUUAUCUCCUCCUCUGUUAAUGGCUUGACCCUGGAUGAGCUGUGUGUGAUUAAAACACAAUUUACAGAAGUCUAUAGAAGCUAAAUUGAUCUAAAGCGACACUAUAGGCACCCAGAUCAUUGAAGUGGUCUGUUUGCAGUGUCCCAACACCCUUAACAUUGCGAAGUUAACUUUACCUCUUAUGGGUUAACUUCACCUCUAGUGGCUGUCUACCAGACAGCCACUAGAGGGACUUCCAAUUUGUUAUAUUUUUGGUCAUCAUGAAGCCCUCACGCUAUGCAUGAGGACUUCCAGUGUCACUGGAGUCACCAUAGAAAAGGAUUGUAUAAUCCUAAUGUGAGCGCAGCCAUUGCCAGACAUGCACAUUAGGUCUCCCCUCUGACAUCAGGAGAGAAGGUGGACCUCAGCCAGCGCCAAGGGACAUUGGUGGUGCACACGAUUAACUAACAGGAGUGCCUUGAUGGAGGGGAAGCAUAGUGCCAGGAAAACAAGUGAUUUCCUGGCACUUUAGCUACAAUUUAACACAAGGCAGAUAAUUAGGCAGUGAUGCUUCAGAGACAUUAACUAUACUCCCUAUCUGAUUAACCUAAAGUUGUUUUGGUGACUAUAGUGUCCCUUUAAUACUCUAAACACCAUAACCAAUUCAUAUUGAUCGUGAUAAGGUGCCUGGAGUGGUCUGACUCUGGCUGCCUGUUGCCACCUAAGAGGGUAUGGACAAUUACUGCAAUGCCAUAUGAGCCAUUCUAAUUCAUGUCUGAUGGAUAGGAGUGACUGACCCUCUCAGGCCAUCACUGACAUCCAUAGCUAGUCUGAGCAGUUGAAAUGGGCUGGAUGGUGGGGAAUCUGUCAGUUUUUAAAAUGGUUUCACACUCAACAGUAGGAGAGAUACCAGCCUCUCUAGCGGCUUUGAUUAGAUGAAGUGGUUAUGGUUCACAAUGGCUACUCCUUGCUGGUUCCAGUGAGAGGUGUUUUCUCUACAUUUGAUUGUUUUGUUAACUUUCCUGGAACCCAUUAGCAGGCGAAGCUUAGAGUAGUCUUCCACGCCUCCACCUGAUGUUGGCCAGUGCCUCGUGUGGUGCAGUCGCAUGCAUCUCAUGGACAGUUUUGAUGGCUCAGAGCAGAUGCACGCAAUCUGAGCCGGCAUUAGGAAGGUGGAAAAUAGAAUUUAAAGAGGAUUAAGGGGAUAUGGAGGUGGGGAGGGCUCAACUUUGAGGGCCAUCCACUCAAUGUUUGUUGCCAGUGUGCAGAAGGCCGGUAAAGCUGUAUGUGGGAACCUGAUGUGAAUACAGGGUUGGAAAUGCCCUGAAUUAUCUGAUGUACAACAUAAAGUCUCCACUGUAUAGACAGCUGUUAAAAAAAAAAAAAAAAAGCAGGUGUUAUGUGUAUCCUUCAGUGAGUUGGAUAAUCCAGUGUGUGUGUAUAUAUGUAUGUAUGAAAAAAAUUUUUUGGGGACUUUUAUAUUAAAUAUUGUCUGCAAGGAAAAAUAUUUUUUUUACAGAUGGCACAGGAAGCGAAUGGUAAAUGGUCGUGGGCGAAAGAAAGUACUCUUUGAAUUUUAUGAUUUUAAAUAUCAGGGCUUAAUAACAAUCUGUUCAUUAGCAGGUCUUUAAAAUAAGGUAAAUACAACCACAGGUGAACAUGUGACAUGCUUUAUUUAACAAAAUAACAGCAAUAAUUUGAAGUAAUUGUUUUCUGUAUGACAUGGUUGUGGAGGAAUUUUGGCCCACUCUUGUGAUGCAUCAGUUCAUUAAGGUUUGGUGACACUUGUUUAUGUACACUUCUCUUGAGGUUCUACCACAGCAUUUCAAUUGAGUUGAGGUCUAGACUUUGGUCCAUUGCAACAGCUUGCUGCUUUAUUUUUUAGCCAUUUUGUUUAUACUUUUUGCUAGCGUGCUUGGGAUCAUUGUCCUUUUGUGUGACUAGAAUACUUUGGGAUAUGGAGUUCAUGGUUGACUCAAUAACUGCAAGAUUCCAGGUUCUGUUUUUGUCGCAUAGAUUAAGCAUGCCUGACAUUAGAACAGUUAUGGCUGUAUUUGCAUCAAACAAUAUCAUGACUACAUAAGUUCAAAGACAUGUGCAAUACUGUAGGAAAUUGUCUAUAGUUCAGUUUGGGUUUUAUUUUUUUAUUGUAGCAUACUUCAGCUUAUUUUUUUAUUUCUGAGCAUUGCACAGUCUGACCUUUUGGGUGAAUUUGAUAGGGCGUCUACUCCUGAGAAGAUUGACAACUUGAAUGUUUUCCCACUGUAUUAAUUGAAUUAUGGACUUUAAAUCGUUUGCAAUUUGCCUUAUAACCCUUCCCAGUUUAGGCAGCAACAAUUGCUUCUGUAAGAUCAUUGCUGAUGUCUUUCCUACUUGGCAUUAUCACACACAUGAAUGCUCCAGACCAUCAAACUGCUAAAUCUUUGGCAUUUAUAGAGGUGGUCUUGCUUGCUGACUCUCAGCUAAUCAAUGGCAUUUGAUUAUCAACACCUGUCUACUACUUUGCCUCUAGCGGGUCAAGUCACUAAAACGGCUUUAGCCUAAUGAAGCAGUCUGUGUAUAGAGCCUCCAAAGUCUCACAGCUCCGUUCACUGCCAUUUGGGAGUUAACUCGGGUUUUGUUUGUUUAUGCAGCCCUAGCCACACUUCCCCUGUCUGUGACGGACACAACCUGCAUGAAACCAAAAUGGUUUAAUUUUCAAACAGAUGUAACUUAUUUUAAAGGGAUAUUAUAUAGCCACAAAAACAACUUUUGCUUUAUGAUCAUGCCCUUGCAGUCACACUGCUCAAUUCUAUGCCAUUUUAGACGUUAAAUCUCUUGUUUAUGCAGCCCAUGGCACACCCCACUGUAUGUUACUUGCACAGCCUUCCUAAACACUUCCUGUAAAAUUAGAUCUAAUGUUUGAAGUGUAAACAUUUAGAUAACUCUCUUUACAGGAAGUGUCUAGGAAGGCAGUGAGACUGCAGGGCCCUGAUCUAUACGCCCAAACUACUUCAUUAAAGGACCACUAUAGGCACUCAGAUCACUUCAGCUUAAUGAUCUCAGCCAAGGGGGUGGGGCGGAGCCAAAGACCGAUCAGCAUCUCCUUAUAGAUAUAUUGAAUCAAUGCAUCUCUAUGGGGAAAGUUCAGCAUAGACUGUGAACGUCAGUGCUGCACAUUGUCUGAGGAGUGGCCACUAGAUGGUGUUCCUAGGUGGUAAUGUUAACACGGCCUUUUCUCUGAAAUGGCAGUGGUAACAUUAAAGUCUGCAGGAACUGACUAUACUUAUACUUUAACCAAUCAUGUAGCAUUAACCCCUUAAGGACAUUUCCGUCAUGAUUCCCUUUUAUUCCAGAAGUUGUGUCCUUAAAGGGACACUCCAGGCACCCAGACAACUUCUGCCCAUUGGAGUGGUCUGGGUGCAAACUCCCACUACCCUUAACCAUGCAAGUGUAAUUAUUGCAGUUUUCAUAAACUGCAAUAAUUACUUUGCAGGGUUAAGUCCUCCUAGUGGCUGUCUACUAGAAAGCCACUAGAGGGCACUUCCUGCUUCAUAGCACCUCCAGCGUCGCUAAAAUCCCCAUAGGAAAUGGGGAUGCGCAUUAGGUCUCCCCCGCCAAUGACGGGGAGGAGCGUGGGCGGACCCUGAAGCAGUGCCGAGGGACACCUGCGCUGCCUUGGGUUAGUCACUGAAGGGGUUUUGACCCCCUUCAGCAACUGGGGGUGGAAGGUGGGAGGGAGAGGGCACCUGCUGUGCCAGGAAAACUGUUCCUUUUUAAGGGGUUAAACUGUACAGCAAUGGGUGGCUGUGAUUGACUGGAAGUGUCACCUGACCACUUUCAGCCUCACAGUACCCACUUUUGGUAUGGCUAUAAAGAAGUGAAAUCUCUGCAUUUGCCAUACACCUAACAGGGAAAAGCUGAGUGGCAGGGCACCCUUAUAUUAAUGUUUUAACUGUUUGAAAAUGCUUUCAAACUAAAUGGGGGUGCUUUCAGGGUACUCGGGACACUAUCAAAAAUUCAGUGAAAUGGUUUUAGUGCCUACAAUGUCCCUUUACGUGAAGCUUCUGAAAAUAAUGUGGGCGUAUGUUUUGUGUCUGUUAAAGGGACACUAUCCUAUUUAUCUUUUAAAUUCCCCUAUAUUACUUCUAAACAAACUUAAACCCUUUUUUUUUUUUUUCCCUCAGUUUUGUUUUAAUCUUACAAUGAAAAUUCAAGAUUAUUUUAUUACCUUCCUGGACACAGUUUGAAUACUCUGUUCUUCAAUUACUCUAAAACUCAAAUGGCUCUCUAGCAUGGACAAGUUGAUGUUCAGUUGACCGUUCCCACAUGCUCAUGUUCUGUUUUAAUUUUUAUUAAGCAAUAUUGAUAUUUUAAGGCAAAGUAGAGACCAUAAUACAUCAUUGUAUAUGUUUAAGAACACUUAUUGGAGUGUGUUCCUGUUUUGUUCCUGGCUAAUAAUACUUCACGAGGUGAUUACACCUACAGAAACCAAUGUUCUUUAAAAUCUUUAUGUGCAGCAUUUCAUACUCUGACAUUGCACAUGCAGACUUUAAAUCCCUAAAGUGGUCAUGGUGCUUUUAUAAUUUUAAGUAUGUCUCUCAUAUUCCACUCCCUCCCCUGACACCACAUGUUUACUUUGGGUUGUUUUUUUUUUUUUUUUUUUUUCAUGAAAUGCACAAAAUGUUUAGCAAUUUGUUAUAAAAGUAUCAUCCAUUCUUGCAAAUGAGACAGGUUGGAUAGCUAUGAUGUUGAACAGUGAAAAUUGUUUUACCCUUUCCUGUGAUGUAUUCCUGAUCAUUUUGUUACUAUUGUGUCCCUUCAUACAGCUAGGAAACCAAGAUUAUAAACAAUUCAUAUGUUAAAACUGCAUAUGAGUUUUUUUUUAAUUCCAAAUGUUAUAAUAGUCUGCUCUGUUUUUAAAUAUACUAGUGGUUUGUUUUGGGGGGUGUCUGUCUAAUUGUUACAUAUGCAAAAUUAAGUUAAAAUGGCUGUCCCUAUAAACUAGCAUCCCCCCCUCGGUCAUUUCUGAUCCUUCUCUUUAAUACAUAAGACAAAGUAGGGACUAUUUUCCUUGUGUAUUUUUCCUACGCUUGUCAAUCUUGACAAAGGGUAGGACUUAAAGCAAGCUAUACUCUUGACAAAGGAAGUGGAACUUGUCCCAUGCCUUAAAGAAACACUAGUGUCAGGAACUCAAACCUGUAUUUCUGCCACUAUAUAGCAGAAGAAAAUAAAGGUUUAGGUGCCACCCCCCCUUGCCUCCCUUUGAAAAGUGUUUAAACUUACCUUUUUUACCAGCACAGUGUUGGUCUUGUACAGCUCAGCAAAAAUUUGGCAAAAAGCUGCACUGCACCAAUCAGCAUUUCCUCAUUAAUAUGCAUUUAAUCAAUGCAUCUCUAUGGGGGAUGUUUAGUGUCUCUAUGUAGAGCGUGUUGGCGCUUAAUGGCAGUGCUGCACACUGUGCAGCACUGACACAGGAAGCACUUCUAGUGACCGUCUUAAUGACUGCCACUAGAGAUGUUGCUAGGCAGUAAUGUGAACACUGCCUUUUCUCUUAAUAGGCAGUGUUUACACUAAAAACCCUGCAGGCACAGGCUAUAGACACCAGAAUCACUACACUAAAUUGUAAUUCUGUUGUCCCUUUAAGCUCAACCCUUGGUAAAGAUUGUCAAGCAUAGGAAAAAUACAUUGUUUUAAUGAGAAAUAGAUCAGAAAAGCAGUUUCUGAAAGAGGAAGAGAAAAGGAAACCAUAGGAGAAAGCGAAGAAGCCACUCAAACACAAAGGGGUGCUCUCUAUUAGGGAUGGAGGGGUUAUUUGCAUGAAUUGAUUUAUGUAACAAAACAAAAAAAGUUGUGGAUAUUACUACCUUAUUAAUCAUAUUAAAAAGUCUUGCUGUAACAACCUUUUUUGCUGCUGGGAAAAAACUGCAACACUGAAAAGUCACUGUAGCAUCUGCUUAGGUUUGUUUGAACACAUUAGGCCAGCAAAGUGUUUGUUUUUCUACAACACAUAGCUCUGUUCACUUGAAUUCCUAUAUUUAAAUACUUCAGUGACUAGAAUACAAUGUAUUUCUGGCACUAUAGCUGUAAUAUAACUAUGUAGCCCCAGAAAAUUUUUUACUUUGAAACCAAUGAAUUUAAAAGUCAAAGGAAAAAUCCUAAAGUGAGGUAAAGUCCCUUCUUACCCCUUUGGGACUCAGGACUCCAGGCAAGGGACUCCAAAUCCUCAUGAAAUAAUGCAAAGGGGGAAAAAAUGCUGGGGAAAAAUAAAGUGCUCCCAAUCCAAAAGGAAAGGUUUAUUCCACAGGGUACAUAAACAGGGAAAACAAAAACCAAAUAAAAUUCUUCCUUACAUGUUUUGGACCACCCUGACCUUAAACAUUGGGAAAUAAAUCUUUCCUUCUGAAUUGGGGGCACUUGCUUUUUCUGGCAUUAUUUUUGUUCUUUGCAUAAUUAUAUAGCCCCUCCGCCCCCUUUUCUGUAAUUUUUUUUUUUAUUUUUUUUUUCUUCUCAAGCGACCCUUAGGUCCGCCUUCUUGGCUGAGAUUAUUAAAAUUGACUGCCAAUCCAGUGCUUUCCCAUAGGUAAGCAUUUGGAAGCUAUCUGCAUGCACAGCAAAAUACCCCGCUGGCCAAUCUGCAUCUCCAUGCAGAGUGUUGGAGCAACAUGCAGCACUGCAUUGUUUACAUUGCAGUACGAAGUGCAAUAGGGACGCUGUAGCCAGAACACUUCAAUGGUCUGGGUGCUUAUAGUGGUCCUUUUUAAACCUUGCCUUUUUUUCAACGCUGCUUGUGCUGGCCCACCUCUUUGGCCGACCUCAUCAGAAUUGAUCAUGGGUAAAGCAUUGGAUUGGCUGAGAUUGCAGUGGUGGGGCCACACACUGCCCUGGCCUAUCAGCAUCUUCUCAUACUCUGUGAGACGUUCCGUUCUGAACGGCAGUGUUGCACAGUGUCUAGGUGUAACCGGUAGGGAUCGACCGAUUAUCGGUUUUACCGAUAUAAUCGGCCGAUAUUCGGUAUUCUCUGCAAUAUCGGUAUCGGCCAAUUCAGAUACCGAUAUUGCCGAUAAUACCUCCUAGGACCGCCAGGCUCAUUACAAGCCCGGCGGUCCUGGGGGGGCAGAGAGCAAGCGCUUACUCGCCUCCCAGCAGCUCCUCCAGCUCCCCAGUGCAACUCUCGCGAGACCCGCGGCCGUCAGAGCGUUGCCAUGGAUCACCAUGGCAACGCUCCGCGAGACACGCUGGCCGCGAGAGUUGCACUGGGGAGCUGGAGGAGCUGCUGGGAGGUGAGUAAGCGCUUGCUCUCUGCCCCCCCAAGGCUCAGCCAAUACCACUGGACCACCAGGGACUGUCAUAUCCCCCCUCCCUGGCCAGGUAACAAGCAGGGAGGGGGGACAACAAAAAUAAAUAAUAAUUAAGUAAAUAUAAUUUUUUAAAUAAUUUAAUAAAAAAUGCCCCCUCACACACUGCAUUAUAUACACAUACACUACACAAACACACUGUGUAUAUAAUGCAGUGUGUUUGUAUAGUGUGUGUGUGUGUUUGUAUACAAUGCACACAAACACACUGCAUUAUAUACCCACACUACACAAACUGCAUUAUGUACACACACUACACAAACAGUGUAUAUAAUGCAGUGUGUAUUUGUACAGUGUGUAUAUAAUGCAGUGUUUGUGUAGUGUGUUUAUAUAAUGCAGUGUUUGUGUAGUGUGUUUAUAUAAUGCAGUGUUUGUGUAGUGUGUGUAUAUAAUGCAGUGUGUGUUUGUGUAGUGUGGGUAUAUAAUGCAGUGUGUUUGUAUAGUGUGUGUAUAUAAUGCAGUGUGUGUUUGUGUAGUGUGGGUAUAUAAUGCAGUGUGUUUGUGUAGUGUGGGUAUAUAAUGCAGUGUGUUUGUGUAGUGUGGGUAUAUAAUGCAGUGUGUUUGUGUAGUGUGGGUAUAUAAUGCAGUGUGUUUGUGUAGUGUGGGUAUAUAAUGCAGUGUGUUUGUAUAGUGUGUGUAUAUAAUGCAGUGUGUGUUUGUGUAGUGUGGGUAUAUAAUGCAGUGUGUUUGUGUAGUGUGUUUAUAUAAUUCGGUGUGUGUUUAUGUAGUGUGUUUGUGCAGUGUGUUUGUGUAGUGUGUAUAUAAUGCAGUGUUUGUGUAGUGUGUGUGUAUAUAAUGCAGUGUGUGUAUAUAAUGCAGUGUGUUUGUGUAAUGUGUUUAUAUAAUGCACACUACACAAACACACUGCAUUAUAUACACACACUAUACUAACACACACACUCUGCAUUAUAUAAACACACUACAUUCACUAUACACACACUACACAAAUACACACACACUCUGCAUUCAUUAUAUACACACACUUUGCAUUUAGUAUAUACAGCAUUCACUUUACGCACACUACCCACACACUACACAAACACUCUGCUUUCAUUAUAUACACACUACACUAAUACACACUGCAUCCACUACACAAACACACAUUGCAUCCUCCACACACACUACACAAACACACACUGCAUCCACAACCCACACACUACACAAACACACACUGCAUCCACUACACACACACUACACAAACACACACUGCAUCCACUACACAAACACACACAGCUCCCCUGUCACACUGCAUCCACUACACGUGGCAUGUAUAUUUUGUGCAUUUACCUUUAGAAAUAGUUUUUAUUUUCCAAAAUGGUAAAUGUACAGAAUAUCGGCAAAUUAUAUCGGCAAUCGGCCUGAAAGUUCACAGAAUAUCGGUAUCGGCUCUGAAAAAUCAAUAUCGGUCGAUCCCUAGUAACCAGGCUUUAUUGUAUACACUGCCUUUUCUCUGGAAACAGUGUUUGCAUCUAAAAAUGCUUGCAGGGGCUGACUAUAAUCUUCAGAAAAACUACAAUGAGCUAUAGAUGUUCUGGUGACUUAUGUCACUUUAAGAAAGAAAUUAACUUCUUAAAAUGUAUUAAGGGCAACAGUUUUCUUAGAUUUAAAGCAGCGCUGUCAUUGUUCACCCCUCCUCCCCAUUUACAUCAUGGAGGCAUGGUCCAAUCCAGUGCUCCUCGUAGAGGGGAAUUGGGGACCUAAUGCACGAAGCGUUCCCCGUGCAUUCAAACUUUCCUAUAUGGCUUCUGUGUCCGUGUUAAUUUUGUCAACUAUAUUUUGAGAUUUUAGUAAAUUAAAACUAGAUGUUUUAGGUGUUACAACGCAGUCAAAAGAUAUAAGAAAAAGUAGGGAAGGUCUACUUUUGUCUAUAGAAAAUUCUCAACUUGUCAAAGGGUGAACUACCGCGGUCAUCAAGUUUUGUUGCUUCACACAGCCGUUGCUAGUGACCGCUCUGGGAAUAAAGCCUUAUCAAGCUCAUUGCGAGAACUCCUGGAGGGUCAAGCUGGAUUCCCUAUAGAGAUGUCCUCUGUGGCACAUUUGUAUGAGAACAGCACCUAGGCUCCUGAUACUUCAUUAAAGAUCAAAGAUGUUGGUGCAUAUAGGGGACACCAAGAGGGAAGUAUAGCACUCCUCCACUGCCCUACCAGGUCACCACACACCAAGCAGCGAUGUUACCAUUGGGGGUCUCUGCAAAAAAUGCAGGAGGUGACUGCUAGUUUAAACUCUCAAACAGCAUUCACUGGGGAGAGGAAAUAUGCAAUUAGCAUUUUGCUGAGAUGUAACUCUCUUGUUCCAGGCCGACUAAUUGACAGGGCUUCCAGACUGGAUAUAUACACUUUAUCCAGGGUUUGUAUGAUGUAUUAAUGUUUUGCACACUAGCACAAGCUGGACCGGUUUUUUUUUUUUUGGUCAACAUCCUGACAUUUUGCAGAUUUUUCAUCCAAUCCAGUGCCUAUUUGUAGAGAAGCAUUGUAAAUGCCAAUCAAGUCUUUGUUUUAAAGAAGCAUUAUGUCCAAUUCUUCUCUAUUUUGAGUAUCAGAGGCAUGAUGCAAUACAUGAACAUGUUGAUUAAGAACUGUCGGACUCUGUUCUCACCCAGGAAGCAUUUUCUGGUGGCUUACUGUAAAAUACACUAGAGGUGUGCUUAACCCCACAAUGCAAGCUAAACUGCAAUGUUACAUUUCAGGAGCAAAACAUCAAGGGCACAGCACACAGAUCAGUUCUUUAAGGUAAAGUAGUGUUAGAGCUUCUAGUAUCCCUAAAACAGUCACUUUUGAGAACUUAAUUCCUCCAUGAUCUUUAACUCAUCCUUAGAAGUCAGCAUGGUGUGCUUAUUACAUCUUUAUGGUUUCCUUUGAAAUUAGUGGAAACCAAUUAUAUAGUGUGCAUUCUCAAUGCAUUUGAAAUGGGAUAUUUGGGAAAGCUCAAGUCUUUAUAGACCCUAAUUUUAGUGCUUGAAUGCUAGAAACAAACAGAAAAUCUGCAUUUAAACUUAACUUGCCUGGCAAGUUAACUUUGCACUGUAAUAUAUAUUUAAAUUUUGAUUAUCUUGACUAUAAAUAUACCAUACCCCCUCUAUAUGAGCAUAAAACCCAACUUUAUUCCAGCGCCGUACAGGUCGCCCAGCGCUGAUCCCACCCAGUUUCUUUGUCUGAGAUUAUCUGAAUAAACAAUCUCAGCCAAACAAUACUCUCCUGUGGUAGUUGAAGCCAAACACCACACUGGCCUAAAAGUAUCUCCUCGUAGAUAUGCAUUGAAUCAAUGCUUCUCUUUGGGGAAAAGUUCACCAUUCCCAUGCAGAGCGUAAAGAUUCUAGACAUCAGUGCUACACCCAGGAAGCUGUCUGAGUGACUGCCACUGGAGUUAUCUCUAGGCACCAUUGUAAACCGUUUUUUACUGCAGGUACUUGCUGUACUCACAAGAACUUUAAACUGUAGUUGUUCUGGUGACUAGGUUCCCUUUAAAGAACCAUAAGUCUUCUAUCUCCACCAGCACAAUGUUAUCGGUCGUGCUUUGGUGACAUACCCUUCAAGCAAGGUGCAUGAUGCUGAAGUUUACUCAUUUAUCAAUAUAGGGAGCAAUGCUGUUGUCACGCAUUGCCCUCAGAAUUUAUUUUUCAGUUGAUGAAGGAUUUUCACGAAAUAAAAACAAAUUCUCUAGCUCAGCUAAAAGACAAGCUAGCAGCAUUCUGACCUCUUCCUCUCCACUAACUCUAAAAGUUCAGUUUGCUUUUGUCACCGUAUUUUUCUGUCUAAGACAUGCCUACAUGGCUGUGUGCUAGAAAAAGCAUAAACUACUGGGACCAUGCUUUCCUCCUAUAUUAGCUUGCUGACGUAAUGUGUUUAGUGAUACUUAUGCUAUAACUUAAUGUCGUUUUAAUCGGUCACAAUGUACAGCAGCAAAAUUGGUUUUGCGUUUGCUUUUGCAAGGGAAUGGGCUUAUUUUAUUAUUUGCUUGUUUCCCCUUCCCUCUGUGUCCUUGAAUCCUGUUCCCCUUUUAUCUGAAACUAUUCUCCCAUUCUCCUUUUCACAGGCCAGUGAGCUGAGCAGUUCUCGAAAUUUCUCCACCUUCCUACCCACACCCGUUUUUAAGUGUGUUAAGAACUCCCUCUACCUACCUCUUCAUCAUUCCCUGAAUGCAUCUAGCAUAAUCUUAGUUAUAACCAGACGGUUCUAAGCAUGGUUAUGAAUACUUUAGUGCAUAUGGAGAAAACUGUGCCUCUGUGCUGGUCCUUUCUAUUGGCUUGUCUACAGAAGCAUGAAUGUGGCUUAAAUGCUGGUUACAUUUUCCAGCAGGAAUUUUUUAUUUAUUUUUUAUUACAAACCUAUGCCUAAAACACAAAACCAGCAAAUUAUCAUGCAGGAGUUGAGAAUAGAUAGCCUUCCACCUUUCCCCCACCCUUACUUUCCCAUUCCCUUCAGUGUUCAAUUUUUGGGGUUGAAAACAUUCAGAAUUUUAUUGAAAAUAACAUUUUUAAGAAUUGCUAAACUUUUUAAUUGGACUUUUUAAACAAUAAUUCCUUUUUUUUUUUUUUCUAACUUGGAUAAUUUUCAUAAUUUUUUUCCCCUUUUUUUUUCACAGCGAAGAAUUUUUUUUGAAACGUCUACUACAGUAAGUCAUGCUUUUCCUUUUUUGUUUUUUUUAAUUUUUCGAAUUUUUUCUGCCUUACUGGUCUCCUUUUGAACAUGUUGCUGCUGUAUUUCUGAUUUUUAUUUUUUAUUUUUGUUUUUAAAUUUUUAGUAUUUAUGUAUGAGUAUUAAUACUGAUGCUAAUUUUUCCUAUUGAUUUUAAAUUUUCCUGGUUGGGGGGAGGUGGGGGUUGGAUUGGGAAAGAGGCUUUCUAUAAUUUUUUUUUUUAUUUUUUUUAUUAUUAUUAUUGUGGGCAUUUUUGUGCUAGUUUAAUGUUUCUCACCAUGCUUUCUAUUCAGUUGCCAAAUAUUUCAUUGUGAAAUUCGAGUACAUUUUAUUUUUCUGCUUUUGUUUUACCACACACCUAGAAUUUUUUUUUUUUCUUAUAGUGUAUAUUCUAACUCUACUGUAUGUAGUUAGGUUAUUUUUAUUUUAAAUAGUACUCGCUCUAUUAAAUAUCCCCUGUAGUCUGCAUUCUAUUGCCAAUUUAAUUUCCGAUCAUUCAGGCCCUACCCUAUUCCUGCCCCAUUCCCUCCCUUUCAUCCCUUUGCCCCAUCGCUGGCAGCCAGCAGCAAAGAGUGGAGCAAGAUGUUUGGCAUCCAGUUCUUCUUUCUCAUGGUAAGAAUAGUUAAUAUGAGGUAAAGUUAAGAUAUAUAUCUAUAUAUCUCCUGUUAAAGUUUCACUAUCCAAAUUUUUUAUAGUUCCUGUGAACUUUGUUGAAUUUAUUUCAAUCCAUUAUUUCCUUUAAUUUAUUUUACUUUUUUUUUUUUUUUUACUUUUAGACCACUUGUCAAAAAACACAUUUUUAAACUGUGUUGCCAUUCACAUGACUUUUGCUGCUGUCUGUUUUUCCAAAUAUGCAUUUAGUUAACUGGCUAAAUAUUGUCUUGUUCUAAGAUGGAACUCCCUUUUUACCACAGUGAAGGAAUACACUUCCAAUUUUUGUUUUGUUUCCCCCACCACCCCAAUCACUAAACUACAGACUCACUGAAGAUUGUUUUGUUCCUGUAUUCAUCUUGGCUUUUUUUUUUUCUCUUCCAGAAACUUUCUGAAAAGUUUCUUCAUGAGUUACUCUGCAACUUGCUUUUUAUAUAUAUAGAUAUAUAUUUUUUUUCUUAGCUGACUUUUCACAAUACUCCAUUUAGGCAUGCUCCUUGCCUUACCCCUCAUCCAAUUAUUUAUUCUGUUGCCACCUUAUUGUGUUUUUCCCUUCCUCUAGGCGUCACUGUUGCUUCCCUAGGGUGUAAAAAUGAUGGCGAGCAACGUCACUAACAAAACAGACCCUCGCUCGCUUAACUCGCGUGUGUUUAUUGGGAACCUUAACACCCUAGUGGUGAAGAAAGCAGAUGUGGAAGCCAUCUUCUCCAAAUAUGGCAAGAUUGUGGGCUGCUCCGUGCACAAGGGUUUUGCUUUUGUUCAGUAUGCUAAUGAACGCAAUGCCCGUACUGCAGUGGCAGGGGAAGAUGGGCGCAUGAUUGCCGGCCAGGUCCUGGGUAAGUGAGUAGAAGUAAAGUGUUGGUUAAUGGGUUCAAGUUCGGAAUAAAAAAAACUUCUGCAUCUGUCAUGGGCAAAUUAUCUCAUCCCAUGAACUUUGUUUUGAAUAUACUUUUUAAAAAAAAUUAUUUCAAGGCAUUUCAUUAAUUUGCGAGUGGGGAGCUGUAAUGGAAGUUUGCAUUUGUUUCUUAUUACAAUGAAGAGAAUGCAUGCUCUGUCUAGACGUAUUGCUCUCAGCUGUGUAUUUGAAAUCUGGUACAGCAUUGUAUCUGCAAAUCUCGAUGUGUCCACUAAUCUCACCCUUUGUGUGAGUUAAUGUUUGCUCAAAGUCUGCUUUACCGGUCUAUCCAGUGCUUAAAAUGGCUAACAUUAAUUUUAACUUGCACUAUUUUUCCCUUUUUGCCUGUGUGCUUCUCUUAGAUUGACUGCAUCUCGAGUGGUUUUUAGUUUCUUCCACUCCAGUACAUUAGUAUCCACAGCCAAACAAAAAAGUGUGUUCUGUUAUGGUGUGUGGUGGGGGGGCGCGCUUGUUUUUUUUUUUUGUUUUUGUGCCCUCUCCACUGCUAAACCUCACCAAAAAGGUUGUGCCUUUACAAAGAGAAAGUAACAACAUAAAAUAUGUUGAAUAGUGGUUAAGUUAAUUUCUUAUUUCAGAUAUCAAUCUUGCUGCUGAACCCAAAGCAAACCGAGGGAAAGGAGGUGUCAAACGUUCUGCUGCUGACAUGUAUGGGUAGGCAAUUUAAGUGUGAUUGUGUCUUGGACUACAAAUUUAAAGUUGGAGGGUUAAAAAAACAAACCUGUUCUGCUUGACUUUUUAUUAGGUCAUCUUUUGAUCUGGAUUAUGAUUUUCAACGAGACUAUUAUGACAGGUAUGUUGAUCCAAUGCUAGAAUUAAUUACUUGUAUGCCGUAAUAUCUGUACUCUUGUAAGUUAACCCCUCAAGGAUGGAGGCAAUUGUCAGAGUUCUGACCCAGUGCAAACCCUUAAAUUCGAGCUACAGACUUGUUCCACUGUAACUUAUGUACUCUAAUCAUAGACUACAUUAAAACCACCUGCCUAACAUAUACGUACCAUUCGUGCUACUAAAACUGCUCUCAUGCGUAGAGGAACAUACUCCUCUAGACCUCUGAACUUGUCCUGUGGUAUCUGAAACAAGACAUUGGCUGCAGUUUGUCCUGCAUGUUGCAAGGUGGGAAAAGUCCUCCAUGUAUCAGAUUUGUUACAACACAUCCCACAGAUGCCUAGUCAGAAUAACAUCUGGGGAAUUGGCAGCUAAGGCAACCCCUGAAACAAUGUGCAUUAUCCUACUGAAAGAACACUGCCAUCAGGGAAACACCAUUUCCAUAAAGGUGUGUACGUGGUCUGUAGGUGGUACAUAGUCAUGUCAACAUCAAUGCUAGAAACCAAAGUUUCCCAGAAGAACAUUGCAUAGAGCAUAACACUGCCUCGCCAAUCUGCCUUCACAUAGUGUAUCCUGCUGCCAUCUCUUCCCAAGGUAAACUAUACACAUGCACCCAGCUAUCCAUCCAUCUGAUCUAAAAGGAAAAUGUGAUUUAUAAGACCAGGCAUUGCUCCAUGGUCCUUUUCUGACUUUCACGUCUACAUUGAGGGGCAUUCGGCCGUGGACAGGGGUCCUCAAGGACACUCUGAGCAGUCUGUGUUCUGAUAUCUUUGUCAUGACCAGCAUUGAGGUUUGUUUCAGCCGUUUGAGCUACAAUAGCUCUUCUGUGUGGUGUGACCGUUUGCAUCAAUGGGCCUUGUGCACCCAUGACCCUGAUGCCGGUUCAGUUUGUCCUUCCUUGCGCCACAUCUGGUAGGUACUAACCACUGCAUACCUGGAACACCCCCCACAAGAUUUGCAGUUUUGGAGAAGCUCUGAUACAGUCAUCUAGCUAUAACUUGUCAACGUCACUCAGAUUUUUGCUGCUUCAAACACAUGAAAUUCAAGAACUGGUGGUUUACUUGCUGUCUAAUAUAUUCAACCACUUGACAAGUGCCAUUGUAAGGAUACACUCCAUUUUAUUCACUUCAAUGGUCAGUGGUUUUGAUGUUGUGGCUGAUCAUUGUAUGCAUAUUUAACACAUUACAUGUGACUAAAAUAAUCGAAUGGGUAAUAUCCUACUUGGGUCUUAACUAAGUUUAAAAAGUACUCCAAGCAACAUAACUACUACAGCAUGCUAUAGUGGUCAUGGUGCCAUGAGUUUCCUUGUGCACUCUCAAUGUAAAUAGCCUUUUUCUUAAGUUUGACUUCUUACUUGGGGUCUACCAGUAACCAUUCUCUGUAGGUGGAAGUGAGAAUGGAAAUCUCCUGCUAGGUUUUCUGAGCUAAGCUCUGCAGCUGUGAGCUACUUAAUGCAGAGUGGGCAGGAGUGGUGCUUCAUGGACCACCAGAUUAGAGUUCACUUCUGGUACUAUAACCACUAAAGUGCGCUUGGAGUGUCAUUGGGAAUAAGACUAGAGAAUUAUGGCGAGAAGCAAGUAGCUAUAAUGGUGGGGUGUAGCUAGUCAAGUUUAUUUUAUUACAUUUGUAUAAGUAGCAACAAGGUCAAUUGCAUCUUAAGAAAUGAGUUGUAAAAUUAUGGAUUUUAUUUUAGAACUAGCUAAGGAAAGUGACUGACUUGUGUGUUUUUAGUAGUAUAGACCUGAAUGAGAAAUCUCAAUGUAAAAAAAAUCUAAUCUGUUUUGAAGUGGUCAUGAUGGAAGGACCUGGUAUGUGCAGGGUUUUAGUAUGAGAUACUGCACAUAUUGAGGUAUUGCAGCUGGCUACCAGACGUGUAGUGACCCCACCAGCAGCUUUCAUUGUUCAUUCUUGAAUGAGUGCUUGCUAAAGUUAACUCAUUCAUUGGGAUUGUUUAGCUGAUGCUCACAGACAGUAAAUGGUCAGCAGUAUCUGUGGCAAAGCUUGCAACUCUUGCUACAUUCUUAAUGUGUAGUGGCUUCAGUGUACUCCUGGCAUAACCAGUACAGUGGAUUUUCAAGGGAUGGGCAAUACGGCUGUUUACCAUUUCAGAGCAAGCUGUAUGAAAGCCUGUGUUAUUUUUAUAUUGUGUCACGAAUGAAGUGAACUUAAAAUGCUAUAGUUAUGGAUCAUGUUUAUGUAUGUAUUGAGCAUUAACUAGUAACCGCUUUAUUUCAAUGGAAAUGUGUAUCAAGCUGCUUUCCAAACGCGUCCCUUUACACUAUUCUCCCUUCCUUGGCUACAUCAGCUAUUCAGCAACUCGUGUGCCGCCUCCUCCUCCUAUUGCCCGAGCUGUAGUGCCAUCAAAGCGCCAGAGAGUGUCGGGAAAUACAUCAAGGCGUGGCAAAAGUGGCUUCAAUUCAAAGAGUGGCCAGAGAGGUGGAUCUUCAAAGUCUAGUAGACGUGAGUUAAUGCUAAAAACAAAAUGUGAUGAUACCUUGUAACGCUAACAUGUUCAUUAUGAUGAAAUGGAGAUGUCCCAUAUCGUUUUGUAUGUAUUUUAUAGUUAAUGGCAUAUAAUCUGUCUCUUUUUACAGUGAAGGGAGAUGAUCUUCAGACUAUAAAAAAGGAGCUCAGUCAAAUAAAACAAAGAGUAGACUCUCUUCUUGAAAGUUUAGAGCGAAUUGAGCGUGAACAGUCUAAACAAGGUAAACUAAAUUACUUACAGAAUAAAUGUAUUUGUGUCACUGUAAGAUUAUUCAACAUAUGUAUUCUUUCAUAUUACAGUAAAAUAUUUCCAUAUUUGGACAUAAUUGUGUAAUUCUAAACUUAUUUUAAUGCAGAGACAAAAUUAGAUGAGGAACAGAGCAGUAGUUCUCAAAAGAAAGAGGAAACCAGUGUGAAAAUGAUGGCAGAGGAAGGGGCUGACUCGGCAGAGGAAGGAGACCUUCUCGAUGAUGACGAACAGGGAGAGGACACGGUAAGGAAUUCUCUUUUCUGAUCUACUUUCUAAUCUAAAUGUGUUAAAUAAGGUGAGCUGUAAGGAAGAGUCCUUCUUAAUCUUUGCAUUGUAUUAAGAAAAGGGCCUUAAAAUUUCAUAUUGAGUGUCUUUCACUUGUUAUAUUUAUUUAAAAUUUCUUAAAGGGACACUCCACAGCACAAAUUCAAAUAAAAAUUGUUUAGUAGUUUCAUCACAAUGAAAGCCAUGUAUCUAAAAACCGCUUGCCAAAGUUUCAGAUCUCUUGUCUAAAGCUUGUGCAAGCCCUGCUAUCCCGGUCCAGACUUUCUGUGGCGGUCCAGUUAUACUUCCCAAUGCAGCUCAAUGAAAAACCUGGGCAAGGAAGUGGCACUAAGCAAUUGCUGAUUGAGUUUAGUUCAACUGAGCCUAAGCACUCAGGAAUAACAGUACUUGUGUAGCAAAGUGUAUUUACAAAAGUUAAAAUUUCUAUUGAUAUCUGCCCUUUUUGUAAAAUGAAAGGCACAUUUUUCACACAACCGCAGCUGUUGUGUCUUGACGAUUUGUUGCAUCGAUCGAGCUAUAUCUCUCUGCAUGUGUUUAAAACUCCUUUGGCACUCAAAGGCUUAAUGGACUGGCUCAAACUGUAAAGCGGAAUUCUAUUUGAAGCUUAAGGAUUCAAUAUCAAUUUAUGAACAUUGUAAUCUGAAACACAAACUGAUUUGAUUUCUCCUUUUAUUAGCUUGAAGAAAUUAAAGAUGGUGACAAAGAGACAGAAGAGGGAGAAGAUGAAGGUGACAGCGCUAAUGAAGAUUCUUAA